AUGACUAGAUUGAACGUUGAUGGGAAAGUUGUUGCCAUUACUGGUGGCUCAAGAGGUUUGGGUUUAUACUGUGCUGAAGUUCUAUUAACUCAUGGUGCGAAAUCAAUAUAUUUAACUUCAAGAAAGCAAAAAGCUGUUGCUGAAGCUGUUGAUUAUUUGAAAAAGAUAGCCAAGGAUAAAGGAUUGAACGCUAAAAUCGUUGGUGUUGCUUCUGAUGUUUCCAACAAAGCUGGGGUUAAAAAGUUCUAUGAUGUUGUUGCUUCAAAUGAAUCAAAAGUUGAUAUAUUGAUUCCAAAUGCUGGUGCUACAUGGGGUGCUUCCUUAACUGAACACCCAGAAGAGGCUAUUGAUAAAGUUUUAGCGUUGAAUGUGAAAGGUGUUUUCCUUACAAUUCAAUUAUUUUAUCCUUUAUUGAAAGCUGCUGGUACAAAAGAAUACUCUUCGAGAGUCUUGAUUACUGGUUCGAUUGCUGGGAUCUCUCCAACUGCUGUUGAAGGUGGUACUUAUGGUUAUGCUGCUUCAAAAGCUGGUGUCAUGCAUAUGGGUAAAUCAUUAGCUAUGGAAUUGGGUCCUCAAAACAUCAACGUCAAUUUAUUAGCUCCAGGUUUUUUCCCAACAAAGAUGUCGAAUGGUUUACUAGAAACCAUUGGUGAUCAUAUGAUUAAAUCUAACCCAAAGAGAAGAUUGGGUAAUCAAAAGGAUAUUGAAAGCGUUGUGUUAUUCUUUUGCUCAAAGGAGUCUGAUUAUAUCAAUGGUGCUGUUAUUCCAAUUGAUGGUGGUGCUCAUCUAGGUGAUUCAUCAGAUAUAAAGUUGUAA